UUAUUGAACGUUCUGUCUAUCGUGGCACAAUGAUUCGCCGUGUUGUUCUUUUGUGUUUUAUCGUGUUUGUUGUGAUUUGCAACAUAGAAGCAAGAAAACCAAUCGUUUGUUACUAUGCCUCAUGGACAACAUACCGUGCGGGCAGAGGGCAGUUCAACGUGGAACACAUUGAUCCCUUCCUAUGCACCCAUCUGUUGUACGCGUUCUUCGGAGUGGAUGAUACUGGUGCAGUAAAAGUGUUAGAUCCAUGGCUCGACCUGGAGGAUGAUGGUGGUCGAGGAAAUAUUCGUCGCUUCAACGAGUUACGGCAGCAGAAUGCACAGCUCAAAACAUUGGCCGCCAUCGGUGGAGCGUCUGUUGAUCCAGCACUGUUUUCUCACAUUGCCGCGAGCGCUGACUUGCGUACUGCUUUCGCUCGUAAUGCACGAGAGUUUUGUCUGGCGCAUGGGUUUGACGGUGUGGAUGUGGGUUGGGAGUUUCCGGGGAUGCACGACGGCGAUACGGCAAAUGAUAAGCACAAUUUUGUGCUAAUGUUAUCAGAAUUGGCCGUCGAGCUUCGGUCGCAUGGAUUGCUGGUCACAGGUGCUCUCGCGGCAAGUGAAACAAUUGCGUCGAUUUCUUACGAUAUUCCUGGAAUUGUGCCACAUUUGGAUUUAAUCAAUCUCAUGGCAUACGAUUACAAUGGCGCGUGGAAUGAAUUUACCGGCCAUAAUGCACCAUUGUUCGCUGGACCUUCGGAUCAGAACGAUUUUCAACGAAUGCUCAAUGUGGAUCACAGUGUUAACUAUUGGCUUAGUCAAGGCGCACCGCUAACGAAGUUAGUGCUGGGUGUUCCUGCGUAUGGACGUACGUUUACGCUAUCGAACUCCGCAUCGAAUGGAUUGCGGGCACCAUCGGAAGGGGCCGGAUUGCCGGGCCCUUAUACAGAACAGCCCGGGUACAUGGCAUACCAUGAGGCUUGUGUUCACUUUCUACCAGGAUCCGGCUGGCAACGUGUGUGGGAGGAAACACAACGCAUCCCGUACGGAUUCCUCGACCACCAGUGGAUUGGGUAUGACGAUAGGGCAAGCAUAUUGGAGAAGUGUAACUACGUCAACGAUCGAAACCUUGCCGGCAUGAUGAUGUGGUCAAUCGAUAUGGAUGAUUUCCGAGGCUACUGUGGAGCCAGCUUUAAUUUGCUUCGCACUAUCAAUGAAUGCUUGAUGUAAAUGAGAUAUGUUGUGAUGUGAUGAUAAAAUAUAUGAUAAAGCAGGUUAACUCAUUCGUUCCUUGCAUUCUU